AUGUAUAGACUGACCCUCCUCUGUGUAAUGGUGACGUUCUCCGUUGCCUCGGCUCAGGCCUACCUCCGUCCUCUCUCCUCAGAGAUGAUCAACUUUAUAAACAAGGCCAACACCACCUGGAAGGCUGGGCAGAACUUCCAUAACGUUGAUAUAAGCUAUGUGAAAGGACUGUGUGGCACAAUACUGAAUGGACCCAAGCUGCCAGAGGUGCUUCACAACAUUGAAGGCAUAAACCUGCCAGACAGCUUCGACGCGCGCAAGCAGUGGCCCAACUGUCCCACAAUCCAGCAGAUCAGAGACCAGGGUUCCUGUGGGUCCUGCUGGGCCUUUGGAGCAGCUGAGGCAAUAUCUGACAGAUUAUGCAUCCACAGCAGUAGCAAGGUCUCUUUGGAAAUCUCAGCUGAAGAUCUACUGACCUGUUGUGAUGAGUGUGGCAUGGGCUGUUCUGGAGGUUAUCCCUCUGCUGCUUGGGAAUUCUGGGUAAAGAAAGGCCUUGUAACAGGAGGCCUGUAUAACUCCAAAGUAGGUUGCAGGCCCUACACCAUUGCUCCCUGUGAGCACCAUGUAAAUGGGACUCGUCCUCCAUGUCAAGGUGAACAGGACACUCCUAAGUGUGUGCAGCAAUGCAUUGAUGGAUAUUCACCAUCCUAUCAGAAGGACAAAAACUUAGGCAAACGUUCGUACGCUAUCCCAUCCAAGCAGGAACAAAUCAUGACAGAGUUGUACAAGAAUGGGCCUGUGGAGGCAGCUUUCUCUGUCUAUUCAGAUUUCCUGCUGUACAAGACCGGUGUGUACCAGCAUGUGACAGGGGAAAUGCUAGGCGGUCAUGCUAUCAAAAUCCUGGGCUGGGGGGUGGAGAACGGGACACCUUACUGGCUGGCUGCAAACUCCUGGAACAGUGACUGGGGACACAAAGGUUUCUUCAAGAUCAAGCGAGGAAACGAUGAAUGUGGUAUUGAGUCAGAGAUGGUUGCAGGAAUCCCACUCAACUAGGUGAAAUGAGUCCUGGCUGCAGACGACUGUCAAAUCAAUCAAGAUACAUUUAAAUGA